CGUGCUCUCUGGCCCCCUCUCGCUCUCGUAUACACCAUGGAGACUCAGAACGUACCACCUGAAGAGCUACGGGAGCUGAUCCAAGGACCCUCCGAUGUGGAAUGGACGUACGAAAUGCGCCGCCAAUGCCAGGAGAUCCUGCCGCGUCUCUACCUCGGCCCUCUGCAAGCGUCGAAGUCGCUAGACACGCUACUCUCACUGGGAAUCACGCAUGUCGUGUGCAUACGCGACGCGAAGGAGGCGUUCUCCGUGCGGCCACGCUUCGCGGAUCGGUUCCAGUACAUGGUGCUGGACGUGCAGGACAACGAGGAGCAGAACCUCAUCCGCCUCUUUCCCCAGGCCAAGCAGUUCAUAGACACGGCGAUCUCGCAGGGUGGAUGCGUCCUCGUGCAUUGUAACGGUGGGAUCAGCUUGUCGCCUGCAUUUGUCGUCAUGUACGUUAUGCAGCACCAUGGACUAUCAUGGGAGGACGCUUUGCACCUUGUGCAGAAUCGACGGUAUUGCAUCUCGCCGAACGGCGGGUUCUUGACUCAGAUCAAGGAAUACGAGUCGAUCUACAAGGCCACGGCUGCUGUCGCGUCGUACCCGCAGCAGCGCGAGACCAAUGUUCGCAGAAAACGGUCCGAUGAAGAUGACGAGGAGGCGCAGAGGGAUGGCGAACGGUCCAAACGCGCACUAAUGGAUGACGACGAUGACGAAGACGCCAUGCAGACGUGACGGCCGCCCUCCUUUGGAUAUCUGCGCACUCUCCCUCCUCUCCUUGCUUUUGCCAUAUCUUACCGCUGCUUGCCAUAAUCAUCGUUGCAUCACUAUGUCGUAUCGUGCUUUCUGUACUGCCGCUUUUACUGAAUGGGUUUGCUCGCUUUGCGGGCACAUUGCCACCCUGCUUUU